CCAUCGAGCACAGCAUAUUUAUUCAAAUUUGCUGUUUUCAAGAUAAAGCCAUGGCUACUGCCUCAUCUAGUACCGCCACCAUGACCAUGGCAGAGAUAUUGCAGAUUACCAUUCCACUCUCACUAACCUCCCCCAUAUCCACUCUGAGCAAACCUAAACGAAAGCUUGCAAGCGAAAUAAACCCUUCACAGGAAGAGAUUGGCAUUUGGUCUGGCAAAAGCAUCAAAUGGGUAUUACUCCAUGAGUUUGACAUAGAAAACUACCGCAUAUGUCUAGCUGUGUGCAGCCAGGCUCUUCUUUGGAAAACACUUGGUGAAUCCUCAUCCUUGUCCUCAUGGAGAAUCAGAGAACCAAUACAGGUGGGAGUAUGGUGCUUGGCCCUUGCAACACUCAUAACUGUGUCUCUCAUCUAUGGACUCAAAUGCAUUUUUUACGUGGGUGCUGUGAAAGAGGAAUACUUUCAUCGUGUGAGGGUCAACUACUUCUUUGCACCCAUGAUAUCAUGCAUGCUUCUCACUCUUGCAGUGCCUCCAGUCAUAGCCAAAACAGUGAGCCCUUUGCUCUGCUGUCUAUUUGUAACGCCUGUGAUUCUGCUGGAGGUCAGAUUAUAUGGAAAAUGGUUUACCGGGGGCAAACGAGUGCUGGCCAAGAAUGCAAAUCCCUCGCAAUAUCUGUCAGUUGUCGGGAAUUUCGUAGGGGCAAUGCUUGCAGCCCGAGUGGGAUGGAAAGAGCCUGCAAAUUUCAUGUUUGCAGUGGGUUUUGCUCAUUAUGCAGUUCUGUUUGUGACUCUUUACCAGAGGUUGCCCACCAAUUUGGGACUACCCACGAAAAUGAAUCCCACAUUUUUUCUGUUUCUUUUGGGGCCCAGUACGGCCAGUCUAGCAUGGGAAGCCAUUUCUGGUUCUUUCGGGAUCGGCUCUAAGAUGCCAUAUUUCCUCUCCCUUUUCCUGUUUGCAGCUAUGGUUGUGCGCAUAAAUUUCAUUUCAGGAUCUGAGUUUUCGUUAGCGUGGUGGGCUUACGUGUUUCCCGUGACCGCCGUCGCCAUCGCCACCAUGAAAUAUUCUGAUGCAGUGAAAAGCCCUCUGUUUGCAAUUAUCGCUUUUAUUUUCUUCUUCUUCGCCAUUGGGACUCUCGCUCUUCUCGUCGUCACAUCUCUUGUUUAUCUUGUUUUACAACAGCGGAGAAAUCGCCGUAAUCAUUGUAAUCCAUGCAAGAAAAGGAAAAUUCGAUUGUAGUCGAUCAAUUCUUUGUAUACUAUCGAUCAUAGUUUUUCGUUUUGCUUACAGGCGAUUCAUGAAUUUGUCAGACUGAACAAAUAACUUUAACACUGCGAUCAAAAAGAAAAAAAAUGAUUGUAGUGAGAUGUACAACAUUUUAGAUGGAUUUUUGUUUAUUUCCGUCAUUCUCAGGACGCCAUGCUGUAGAGUCAUAAACAGCUAAGGCUGCUGUGAAUUUGUAAUUAUACAGUUGUAAUUUCUAUAUGAAAAGAAAUAUCAAGUUAGUCUUUUUUGUGC